AUGGCGUCGUUGAUCCGGAGGAGGAUAUCCAUCAAGGUGAGGAUACACAAUCCUGGAUCAUGGCGGGAGAGGCUCUUCUCCUCUUCUUCAUCUUCUUCUUCCUCUUCGGGGGAGGAGGGGAGGGGUAUCGAGAAGAUUCUGGUGGCGAACCGGGGGGAGAUCGCGUGCCGGAUCAUGAGAACGGCCAGGAGGCUUGGGAUACGGACAGUGGCGGUGUACAGCGAUGCCGACCGGGACGCGCUCCAUGUGAGGUCCGCCGACGAGGCCGUGAGAAUCGGGCCGCCGCCAGCCCGGGCCAGCUACCUCGACGCCUCAGCCAUCGUGGACGCUGCCAUGCGGACCGGAGCGCAGGUCAUUAGUUCUAAACUCUCUGUGAACUUUAGUUCUCUAAAAUGCGAUUUGAUAUACUGCUCUAAAUGCAUCUGGCUCGAGUUGGUGACCGUUGCACAUGCUACACAUAUGAAAAUGUUCUAAGGUAUAAGGGCAAUGCUGUCUGACCAUAAAAUGCGGAAGUUUCAGUCGCAUAUAUUUUAUUGUCAUUCCUGAAGAACUCUGAAAAAGUUUAUAGCGGGCAGUUCAGUACAAUCUUUAUUAUUCCAUUGUCAAUCUUAGUUCACUCCAAUAGUUUUUUGUGGUCGUAAGUUUAUGUAAAAUUUAAAUAAUCUCCUUUAUAUCAAUGUCAAUGUCAGUGUCAAUGUCAAUGUCAAUGUCAAUGUCAAUGUCAAUGUCAAUGUCAAUGCCAAUGCCAAUGCCAAUGCCAAUGCCAAUGCCAAUGCCAAUGCCAAUGCCAAUGCCAAUGCCAAUGCCAAUGCCAAUGAGUAACAUGAUAAUUUUCAAUUGAAAUUCGCCUGAUCUUGCAGAGUGGAUGAAUGUGGCCAAUAUUUUCAAUUUAAACUGAAUCUUGGGUUUCAAAGUUGUCACAUUUCCUAGCCUUUGGUGGCAAACCAAGCUAACCUGAUGGAUAAACUGUUGAAACUCCCAAUUAUUUGUCUGGUAUUAUAAUUUUUCAUGAUGCUACUUUCAUUUGCCUUAUGUUCUCAGGACUGUUUAUAGUCCAGGCUCUAGUUUCUGUCAUGCAAAGAAAAGUAUUAAGUAGCUGAGAAGGUUAAUCUUCUCAGAUAUUUCCCUUUCAUACUUGUAGGCAAUCCAUCCAGGCUAUGGCUUUCUUUCAGAAAGUGCAGAUUUUGCACAGCUUUGUGAAGCUAAAGGGCUGACAUUCAUUGGACCUCCUGCAUCUGCAAUCAGAGACAUGGGUGACAAGAGGUAUAUACUUGAUGUGGUUUUCCCUCCUGCGAGAAUCACUUGUAUACCUGUUGAACCGGCAUCUUUUCUAUUGUGCUUGAGAAGGGGCAAUAAUACUCAACUAUUAUUUUUAUUUUUCUCAUAACUUAUUCCACGUGUCUGCACAUUGAAGUUACUCUCAAACACUAUAUUAUCCGUGCAUGGACUAGUGCAUCAAAGAAGAUAAUGGGUUCGGCUGGUGUACCUCUUGUUCCUGGUUAUCACGGUGAAGAACAAGAUGCGGACUUUCUAAAAUUAGAAGCUGAAAAGAUUCGAUAUCCAAUUUUAAUAAAGCCAACACAUGGUGGAGGAGGAAAGGUAUGGUCUUCAAAGCUGUCCGAUCUACUUUAUUCAAGAGCCAGGAAACUGCCUGCUAUAAGCAGUUACGAUUGCUACCCGCAAUAAGUGCCAAAAUGUAGGAUCUGCACAGUUUUUCUCAUGAUUAGUGUAUGUCUUCAGUUGGAUUAUUUUACAUAUUAUUUACUCCUAGCUAUAUAUGCCAUUUUGACAUUUUCGACAUCUAUUGUGGAUUCUUUUGCCGAUAAUUUACUUGCUACCCAAUUUUUGUGAUUCUGACACUUUUGAUGCCUAUAGUCGAUUCUCUUGCAGAUUAUUCUCUAAUUACCCUGUUCAUAAUAUUUUGACAUCUCAGUGAUAUCAUCAUGUUCAUUAGUUCAUGUGUUUGUACGAGAAAAACAGAUAAAGGUAUUAAUGUAAUUUAGCCCGUCCUCAAUAUGAGAACAUCUACUUUUUCUAAUAAUUUAAUUUCCACUUGAAGUAAUUUAUUUCUAUUACAAUCUGGAUGUCAUAAAGCCCUAUGAACGCAACAUCGGAAAAUAUUUAUUUUGAAUAACCUGCAAAUUGAAUAGUUACCUCUCUCAUAAUGCUUUUGUUAUUGAAUGCUAAGGAAACAGAAAUAUCAGACUGAUUCUUGUUCUUCACGAGUUACCCUCUGACUCCGUUUUCUAUGUGAUAACGUGUACAUAGAGAGGGACUUUCUGACACUAUGAUAGUAGUAAACUCUAAUGCUUAUUAUCAGUUAAAUAAAUCACCUCCUUUGUGUCAAGUACUUGUCGUUUCCUUGAGGAAGAAGGAAAAUGGUUAAAACACUAUAGAUCAAGUGCUAGCCAUGUUUACACGGCCCAGAAAAGUUUAAAACCCAUUAAGACGAACAUGGUCAUCUAGCUUGUUGUAAAGUAGCUGACAGGCUUUGGUAGAAUUUUUUUAUGACCAUAUAUGUUGUAAAUUUGUGUUUUUCAAACCUCUUUAGAAAAUACCCUGUAUGACCUUUCCCUUUGUUUUUCGGUUGUCAUAGAAAUCUAAAGAAGACGAAAUGUUUCCUUGUACAAACUUUCCCAUCAGUUAAACUUGAGAGUACAUGGCCCGCACUAGAUGUUUGUAGCUUCAUCAUUGUCAUUGGAUUAGGAAGCACAAGGUUGUAAAGUAGCUGACAGGCUUUGGUAGAAUUUUUUUAUGACCAUAUAUGUUGUAAAUUUGUGUUUUUCAAACCUUUUUGGAAAAUACCCUAUAUGGCCUUCCCCUUUGUUUUUCGGUUGUCAUAGAAAUCUAAAGAAGACUAGAUGUUUCCUUGUACAAACGUUCCCAUCAAUUGAACUUGAGAGUACAUGGCCCACACUAGAUGUUUGUAGCUUCAUCGUCAUUGGAUUAGGAAGCACAAGAUUUUCCCUAUGAUGAAAGUGGAUCUUGGUUGGUGGGCAUGUUGUUAAAAUAGAAGUUCUGCACUCCAAUUUUUUUGAGAGUAGAUUUUUGUUUGUACCAUCCUAAUUGUUUCAUCGUGGAAAAUGUUUAUCUCUGACGUUUCAGCAGAUACUAUGAAAUUUUGACAUAGCACAGGAUUUCUGAGAUCCAUGACCCGAUGAAAUUGAUCUCAAUAGCUAAAUCGAUUAUGUUUUACGGUUUAAAAAUAAGUCUGGGUACAAGCUAAGGGAAGAAGUUAUUUAUCGAAAUUAUGAUCAAGUCAUGUUAAAUGUUUUAGACAUUUUUCUGUGUCUGAUCCCCUGUUUACACUAACAAACAUCGAUUCUUUCAGGGGAUGAGAAUAGUUCAAGGGCCAGGUGAAUUCAUGGAUUCACUUUUGGGAGCACAACGUGAGGCUGCUGCAUCAUUUGGGAUAAAUACCAUUUUACUUGAGAAAUACAUUACCAGACCACGACAUAUAGAAGUCCAGGUUCUGAUCUAAGGAUUCUUGUCAUCUGUGUUUCUCUUUUGAAAUAGUUUCAUAUAUAGUUUUUCUUGAAGGAGUGAUGUUGUAUUAGUUUCCUAUCACCUUAGAAUCUGUGCUACCCCUUUGGCCUACAUUCUAUACUUCAUCAAAAUAAUGUGCAUGAGCCAUGGGCCCCACUUAUUCAAAUCUUUUUGUAGUCCUGGAACAUUUUGGGGCGAACACCAAUCCAGACAGGUGGGUUGAAAAAGUUUGGCAUUUAGGUUGCAACAUGUAGCAAAAAGCGCCAUUCAGAUGACAUCAAAAUCGGUGUUUCAUGCAAGAGUUUUUUUGACCAAACAUAGUGAAGUUGGUUUCCAUUACAUUCUUAGAUAACUUAUGGUUUCGAGGUUCGUCCCUUGCGAACAAGUGUUUCCUCUGAGUGGAGGCUGCUGGAGUCAUCCUUCUUAAGUCGUCCCCUCGCUGGGUGGACAUUGCUUUCCUGUUCAUGUUGGUUUGCCAAUGAGCUGGCGUUGUCUGGAUGCUUGGCCUAUUUUUUUCAAGUUUUGGCCUUAAAAUUAAGCACGAUAAUGAAAAUAAGCAUGUUCGAGUGCUUAUUGGAUUGGCUCAAGCCUUGAAGUGGUUCAAACUAGAAGUCUUUUUUGCUGCCCGUCCACACAACAGCAGACCCCAACCCAAACUCUUCUCCACGAUCCAUUGGAUGCCACCUGGUCUGCUCACCCUCCUAACCUGCCACCCCGGUCCCUUCCUGCAUCCCUGUCCAAUGCCUGCCCAGUACAAAUGCAUAUUAAGUAAUUUAUUGUAUACUUUACGAUGAGCGAAUAGUAUUCUAUAGGGAGAUGUUCAGAGGUAUUCUUCAUUUUGGCAUCCUCUGCUGCGAUCUCGAGGCUGACAAUGAGCAAAAGGUCCCUCCUAUUUAGCUGUUGAAUAUUAAUAUACUUUGGGAGAUUCAAAUAUGUGGAUACAUAUAGACUACUCUUAAAACAGAGAGGACAAAUGGGGAAACCUUUCAUUUUUCCUUCAUGGCAAUCUUCGCAUGUUUAUUAUAGUUUUUCACACUUCAUUUAUUCUAUUUAUUGGCUUUUGCUCCUAUUUCUCCAUUCCUUUCGCAUCUACUUGAUAUUAUAGUGUUCAAUCCUCUGAGGUUGCAUAUGUUGUUCUUGAUAAUUGGCUUGCAGGCAUUUUGAUUUUAUUUCAUUUUUCUUGGAAUUGUUCUGAUAAGAUUUUUGUCUGUCUCUCGGGUGGUUAUUGCACAUACUGAAGUUUGAUAGCAACUAGCACCACUGAUUAAGACUCUUCUAAAAUUCAGUUCGGUUUAUGCUCUGCAUAGAUUGUUUCUAUAAAAAUUUGAUUUUUAAUUAUUUAUUGAAUCAGUAGUGUCUAUUCUCACUGCUUGCAUGUAAUAUCCGAAGUAUUGAUUUACUUGUCAUUAUGCAUAUAACUAGAAAGCCAGAUUAGUCUGCAAUCACUUGGAUCUUCUGUGAACACUUGGAUCCAUCAUGAAGUGCAAAUUACCAAGUCAUCUCUUGAGUCACCACGAAUUUUAAUUCAUGUACAGUUCCAUGAUGUCCUUAAAAAUCUGUAAAACGUAUCAGGUCACUAUUGUUUAUUUGGAGGAUAAUUGAAAAGUCCUUUUUUUUUAGGCUUUGUCGUACUAUUUUCAUAACUAUUUAUUAACUUUUUGUGGAAUUAUUAGGUAUUUGGAGACAAGCAUGGUAAUGUGCUACACUUAAAUGAGAGAGAUUGCAGCCUGCAGAGAAGGCACCAAAAGAUUAUUGAAGAAGCUCCAGCAGUAAAGAUCAUCUGUGUUGUGACUACAUUAUACUUUCACUUUUGGAAUUGCAUGUAACAUUUUCAUUUAUGCAGCCAAAAAUUGCAGAUGACUUUCGUUUCCACUUGGGGCAAGCAGCUGUCUCAGCUGCAAAGGUGAUAUUUUUAGAAUUCAUGAAUAUUAUAGAUCUAACAGCAUUAUCUUUGCUAAAAGCGCAUCAGUUUUUGUGCAUAAUUUUCUUGGAACGUUCUUUGGUUAUCACUCAUCAUUAGUUUUCGAAAACUUAUAAUCUAUCCUGUUCACUCUUGUUCUGUAAGAUAGCUGCUUGAUUUCUGAUGUCUGGAUUUUAGUAAACGUAAAUGGUCGUGUUGCAUGUGAAACUCUUACACUGUACCGUAAAUGGGCUAAGGAGGGUUACUUUGAACUUCUUUCUUUCUCAUGGAUGUGAUAACAUUUAUAUUCAGAAUGAUGAUAGAUAGAACAAAGAAUAAAAUAUUGAAUUUUAUUAUGAUUGGUAGGGCUGACAUCAGAUAUAGCCUGCCACAACUUUCUCUGCUCCCACAGAAUAUUUGAUCGCGUCCACAACAUAAAAUGGUUAGAUUUCGAAAUAGGACCUGUCUAGUCUACAGAUAUGCGUCCUAUUUUGUAUAUUUCAAGUGAUUAGUAAAUAUAUGAUGAUAAUAUUUUAAUAUCUUUCCUCAUGUAUUUUACCUUGUGAAUCUGACAUUACCUGAGACUGCAAAGAAGAAGUGUAAUAGAAUAAGAUGGGCCAUGUAGUUAGGUUAAGGGCCAGAGUGUGAGAAGCCAUCAAAAACCUGAUUGGGUUGGGCGUUUUGGUCUAGCCCAUCCCCAGAAUAUCCCAAGUGUAAUAGUGUCAGUUAUCCAAAAUACUUUACCCGUCCUUAUAUCUGGAUGUAUCAUUUGAGCAUUUGUUUUGGGAAUACAUUGACCUUGUCUGAAAAUAUUUAUAGGUACGCUUUAAAUGCAUGCAUGCCAUAUUUUCUUUGGAUUACCUCAAUCUCGAUUUCAUUGUUUCUUGUUGAACUGGAUCUAAACUGAAACAAAGAGAAUGCCUAAUUGGAAAACAAUAUAUUGAGAGCAGUUUCCUGCUAUUACCCUUUCUAUGGACGUCUGGAUUGACACCAUGAUGUUCUGGUGCACAAUGCAAUACAACUGUAGAAUUUCUCAUCAUGCUAGAGUUUUUCAGGUUAUUCUAAUGAACAUUCUUGUAGCAUAUGCACUUUAUGAGGUGGUUCAUUGAAUGUUAGAUUUUGAUGUCGAGUCCUUUUGUUGUUCUAUUUAUUAUAUCGCAUCUGCAUGAGUUCAUGAAAUUUAACUCCACAAUGAAGGAUUAUUUCUCAGUGGUUGGCUGCACCUGGAAAUAAAUCAUCUCUCUUCUUAUAUGACGUCAUCCUAAUUGAAUACUUGCCAUAAAUCUUUAUUUGGUUUUUUUUUACCUGUUGAUGGGGCUCGUUUGUCUGUAUUCAUACUGAUUUAAUAGCAUAUGUUUCUUGUUCAAUUUCUGAGAAGGCAGUUGCUUAUCAUAAUGCUGGCACUGUCGAAUUCAUAGUGGAUACUGUCUCCGGCCAAUUUUACUUCAUGGAGAUGAACACCCGUCUUCAGGUGCCUAUUCUUUCCUUAUGUUUUUUUGGUUUAAUGUAUAAUAAUCUUAGAAAACCAUUAUUGUUCUUUCAAUGCCUCUAUUAUUGUAGUGUCAUCCUUUGUUUAAGCUUAUUGGAAAAAGUUAUUCAAGUGUGAUACAUGUUAUUUACCUUAAGUCUGAUCUGGGUAUUUUCUUAAAUAUUUUAAGGUUGAGCAUCCUGUGACAGAGAUGAUCGUUGGCCAAGAUCUCGUGGAGUGGCAAAUUCGGGUGGCCAAUGGAGAACCUCUACCUUUGAGUCAGUCACAGGUGCCCUUAAAAGGUAAGUAAAAUUUAUGAGCACACCACCAUAUUGAAUGUGCAUGUUUUUACCGAAUUAAUAACAAUAUAUGUUGAUGUCAGCUUCUUUUAGUGAUAUCUGAUAUCAGCAAGAGGAUUAUUUGUGACAACUGGGGACCUAAUUUCUGAUUUUUUCCUUUGGUAGGAUUUACUCUAUGAAAUUUUUAGGAUAAAUCGUAUAUCACUUUGUGUCCUGCAUGUUAGUUUAAUAUAAAUCUUAUAUUUUUGCCUCUGGUGGACCAUUUUGGAUUUUGAUCAAGUUUUGCCAACUUGGCAUUUUGGGUUUAUAUUUAUUGGGUAGGAAACAAUAGUUAACUGAUAUAUGGCACUAUCGUCAUCAUAAUUUUUUAUUUUGUUGCUUCCUACCCAUAAACAUGAUGACAGGGCAUGCCUUUGAAGCUCGAAUAUAUGCGGAAAAUGUUCCUAAAGGAUUCCUUCCUGCUGCUGGUGUUCUUCAUCAUUACCGUCCUGUUGCAGUUUCACAAACAGGUUUCUGCCUUUAACAAAAUGAUAUAUGUUUUAUUGCUAAUACCAUAAAUUGAUCUUUUGACCGUUUAAGAAUAAGUUUUAUGAUGGUAAAUGAAGGAUGUGAUCUUGCAUGUUUUUAGUAGUUGGUUGCUUCCUACCAGAGAAGUUCUGGUUUAAUAUCCUUAUUUUUCAUGGGUUCAUCUUCUAGAAUCAUCUGUAUAUAUCAUGGGGACACCAGUCAGGUCUAAUCAGAGGAAAAUUGACAUCGUUAGAAGAAAUUCAAAAGUUUACUACAUAUAAGAGGAACAGCCUCAGAAGGACGAUAUCACACGACAUGCAUAGCCCUCAUGCGACUAAGACGACUAAUUUUCAUGUUCUAAUGAUAAAGUACUGAUAGAAGAGUAUCUCUUCGGUGUGGGAAUAGUCAAAGUGAGUCUCCUAGAGGAAAAAUGCGCAGUUAAAAGGGUCAUCAUAUGAUACUGUCUAGGUGCAAGGGUGUGUACAUUAAUAUCAGAUAGAAAUAGCUCAUAUCACAGUCUAGGUAUCCAAAAUUGGUUGAUUCUGAUUACUGUCUACCAACGCACUCGUAAACAUUUCCCCUCUUUUCACCUGAUUUCAGCACCUUGUUGUAGUUUAUUAUGCAUCCAGAGGCACUCAUACGGCCACAGACGGCCUGUCACUCUUCGCCUUCUUUCAUCCCCCUCUCGUUCUAGUUUAUUAUGCACCCUAGGUCACACACACAUACACGAGUCUUGCACUCUCGCUUAUCUCUCUACCGCUUCAGCUAAGGGGAAUUGGAUUAAGUGCCUCAAUCCCGUCAACUUGAGUUAGUAUCACCAUCAGCACAAUGACAGAGAUACAAAUUUGGAAAAAGUGAGAACACGAUUGAAGGUGGCAUCAACAACAUCAGUUGCAGCUGGAGCACCAGUGGACAUCACAGAAGUAGUCACUCCAGCACUACUAAUGGCAACAAUAAAGGUUGCAGCUACGACACUAGAGUGGUGAGGAGAGGGCUGAAAAUAAUAAACCCUCUCUCAUCUUUUUUUUUCCCUUCUUGCUUAGGUUGGGAGGUUUGUGGCGAGACACUGUCAACAUUGUUCCUGGAAUUGGAUUGUGUGGGAGCGUUGGCGGGGCCAGUCCUGUGCAGUUAGGGAAAAGACCUUUCAACUUAAUAAGGCAAACCUGAUAACUAUAUUAGGUAAAUUAAAUGAAUAUUAAUCAUUAUUCAAAGAGUACAAGGAAAUGUCUGUAAUAAAGUCACCAUCAUUGUCUGAUUCUAUGAUGUCUAUACACUAUUCAGUCGAAGCUGUAUGGAACAACUCAUACAUUUGUACUAGAUCCAACCUAAGAAUAUCAUUGAGAAAUAAGGGAUUAGAAAAGGUUUUUCUAUUCCCAUAGAACCAUAGUCUAAAUGUAUACAACCAAUAGGAUAGUGAGUAGGGAUAUUUCUAUGAGAUCAACUUGAACUUAAAACACAUUGAUUAUUUAUCCGUCUUGUUUUUUUUUUUUUUUUUUUGUACUUUCUGUUUGUUUAUCUUCUUCAAUCUCCAUCCUUGAGCCACGUUUCCUGAUAAAAAUUAUUGUAUAGGUCCUGUAUCCAAAAAUGUGUAGUGAUGCUUUUACAUGUAACUCCUUUUGUACCUUCACUAGGUUUUUUAAGUUGUCCCUUACAUCUUGAAUUAGAUUACUAGACUUUCUAUUACUCAUUUUUUCAUGUGCUUGGCAGUUCGUGUUGAGACAGGUGUUGUACAGGGAGAUGCUGUUAGUGUGCAUUACGAUCCAAUGAUAGCUAAGCUGGUUGUUUGGGGAGAGGAUCGCAAGGCUGCGCUAGCUAAGCUUAAGGACUGUUUAUUACAAUUUCAGGUUGCUGCAGCAUUUGUCAAUUAUCUGUCUGAAAUAUUACACAAAGGUCCCAUUUUGAAAUACAUGUACUUUUGAUUUUCUUUUACGUAUCUUUGCAUUUUCACGUGUAUGCAAAUGACUUUGCAUUGAGCUGUACCCUAGUGACAUUGUCCGGAUGCAGCAGAUGCGUACCACUUGCAGAAAAGUACACAGACAAUGUAUCGUAGAUGCACAUUUAUUUAUUUAUUUGUUUAUUCAACAUUUUAAUAUCAACGUAGUUUAAUGUAUAGUUUUUAAAUAGAUAUUCUAAUACUAUUUCUUCAGGUUACAUUGUAUUCCUAAUUAAUGCAUUUAUGAAACUUUUUGUGUAGACAUUUACUUUUGUUAUUUUAGUGUUAUGAAAUUUUGUUCUAUUUUGUCUUGUUGAUUAAAUAUUCUAUAGCCAUUUUCUUUUAGAAGCAUGCUUGAAUAAAUAUAACAUUACGUCUAACGUGAUCACUCUGUCUCAUUGCCUAGAUGUAAGGCAGGCUUUAUCCAGAUAUAGUUGUACUCCAGGAUUUUAGUAUAAACUUGAAGUCAAUGGCUCAUUUUGCAGGUUGCAGGUUUGCCGACUAAUAUCAGUUUUCUCCAGAAACUUGCCAAUCACCAGUCUUUUGCUAAUGGCCUGGUGGAAACACAUUUUAUUGAGCACUUCAAGAGUGAUCUCUUCAUUGAUUCUGGCAGUAAAAUCUCAGACGAGACAUACAGUGCUGUCAAACUUGAUGCAGGAUUAGCUGUUGCUUGCAUUUGUAGACACGAGCAGGAGAAAUCGAAAGAUAUUUUUUCUGGUAAUUACAGUCUUCUGGGAAUCUCAUUUUUUCUGAAACCUCCGUGAAACCUUCUGAUUAUCCUUUAUAUAUAGGGAGGGCCGACUCGCUUCCUUUGUGGUAUUCGCACCCACCUUUCCGUAUGCAUCAUUCUGCACAGCAAAUCUUAGAGCUGGAGUGGGACAAAGAAUCUGACGGAACUGAGACAGAACCUUUAAAACUUGCUGUUAGUUAUCAAACUGACGGAAGCUAUUUGAUUAAGGUACCAAUCAUCAGGAUAAGUUUAAUGUUUUUAAAUUUCUACUGUCGGUAGAUAAGCUGAAUAAGAAAGUGUCAUUUGCCAGUUGCUGUCAUAGGACAAGUGGUGCAUUUCCCAUUAAACUUGAUUGAAAUUUUGUUGAUUAAACUCAGUUUUCAUUCUUCCGGAUUAAUAUGUUUCGAUAAACUGUACGGUGUAGGCUUCAGCGGGUUCAUCAUUUUUUAUUUUGGUUUUAAUACGUUGCAGUUUAUUUGUAUACUUGUCACUUCUCAUCGAAAUGCUUUCUAGUACAAAUGCAUAACUGAACUCUAUUUCUUGAUAUUUUGGGUCUACUGAUGAAAUAUUGGAGGACCUAUGAUUUCGAAUGUCGUGAAAUUAUUUUGAUCAACUUGCCUUUGCACUUUGGAUAAUCCAAGAUUAACUCAGGUUGGGAAAAUAUUUCAAAGAUAUCUAGUGAUCUGGCACUCUUGAAAUGAAUGAAUGAAUUAUUAUUUUUGUAGCUAUCCUAUCUUGGGUUUCAAAAAGGCUGACACUGUCGAUAUUCUGCUCAUUUCUGUGCCCCCUCUCUCUCACUCUCUCUCUCUCUCUCCCUUCCACCCUCCCUCCCUGCACCUGGCAAACAGCACACCCGGUUCUUUAGAUUAUUUCUCUAAACGCUGUUGUCUUGCUACGAAUUUACUAGAAUGGAAGUGACGACGCCUGUGGUCUGGAAGUCAAAGUCACACAAUUGGGGAAUUGUGACUUCAGAGUGGAUGCAAAUGGGCUGACUACUAACGUCAGCUUGGCCACUUAUUCCAAGGUGACCCUCUUCACCAUGUACACAUCUUCAGAAAAAGGAUUUUUACCUUCUUGUAAAGCAAUCAGCAUUUUUCAUCAGUUUUAUUGUUUAUUCUAUAUUUUCUCAACCUCUGGAAAUUCUCAUGUUCCAAAAAUUCUCCAAUCUCCACCAGGAGAACUACAAGCAUAUACACAUCUGGCACGGGGAGCGGCAUCGUCAUUUCAGACAGAAGAUAGAGCCUGAGAAAUCCAGUGAUAAUAUCUCUGACCACCACCAGGCUUCCCUUCAGACAGCCUCCCACCCUAAAGGGAGCAUCGUAGCACCCAUGGCCGGAUUAGUCGUCAAGGUUCUCGUGGAGAAUGGUGCCAUGGUGGAGGCAGGCCAACCCAUACUGGUCAUGGAGGCUAUGAAAAUGGAGGUCCGUCGUUAGUGUUAAGAACAAUCCGGUUUGAUUAGUUUAGAAUAAAAGAUAUUGUUAUGGUUUUGACUUGAAUUGCCCAAUGACUCCUAUAGUCAGGAUACUACAUAAGAUAUUUUAUUGAAAGUUUUAAUAUUUUAUCUGUGCCACUGCUGUUUCAGCAUGUCGUGAAGGCCCCCCGUUCUGGCUCUGUAUCUGGUCUUCACGUUGCUGCUGGACAACAGAUUUUUGACAAUGAUGCCCUCUUCACCAUCACGGUAUGAUUCAUAAUUCUCCUCCCCCCUCCCCCCCCUGAAAUUAAAAUUGAAUUGAUGGUCGAUCAGCUCCACCCCCAUCGAUUUUCUCUUCAGCUUUUCUCUUUUUUGCUAAUUUUAGAAAUUGUCCAAGGAAGUGGCUAGUAUGGCCUGAUUAAGUCAUGUUCAUGUCAUCGAUCUGAUGCUAACUUGUUAUUGAUAUCACUCCGCUCUUCUGUUCUCGUACUCAAGAAACUACUAGCUAGCUACUAUUCAUCUGGUCAUUCUUUUACUGAGGUGUAUAUUAGCUCUGCAAUUCUAUGGUAUCUUAUUUCUUGGGCAUCAAGAAUCAUCUGAUCACAGAAGGGAUCAUGACUUGCAGUUCUGCCUUUUAACUGGGGAGAAUUCCAAUCUCUCCUGAUAAAAGUAUUAUAACAGUAAUCAGCUCAGAUCAGCUGAUUCUUGCAACAGUAAUUGUGGCUUUGCCUGAUUUUACACUUAUAGCUGAUGAAUUGGAACAGAAUCGAAGAAUCUAACUCAGAACAGCCGAUUCUAUGUCAGACUGGCCUGAUCGAGCUGACCCCAAUGACUGCAUUUACUGGUUUAAGACAGACUAACGUCUAAAUACCCUUCUACCUAGUUGUAUCUUUCACCCUGUCAAAUCCUACGGGCCUCUCUCACUGCAGAUUUGCAUACUGUUUCUCCUUCGCUUGAUUAAGUGACGACCCAUCCCAUUCUUCAUACUAUUCCUAUAGAUAGAAAAUGAAAAGAAAAAGGAAGAAGAAGACUGCAGGAAGAUGGGAGCCAAAAAGAUGGAUGCAUUGGCUCCCCUUCCCCUAACAUGUAUGGCACAAAUUCCCUCAUGUUCUCAACAAUUCCUAUAAACAUAUGCAUCUGAAAUAGUUUCCUCGUGCUCGUGUGUAACAAGUGAUAAGAGUCUGAGCUUCUGAAUAUAUAUACAUAAAGAUGUAUAUCCUCUCAUGGAGUGUCUUGUCCCUUGUCUAGGGUACAUAGCGUGGUGACCAUCCAUCUCGGGCGCAAGGAGGGACAAUCUCAGCAGCCGCUCUGACUCCAUUUUCCGACAGGAUUGUAUCCAACAGGGUCAAACAAGGCCGAAGACAACUGGGAUGAAAUCAAAUUUCUCUUCCCUUCCAUUCCUGGUAAACUAAACUAA